AUAUGCUUUGGUAGAAGCUUCUUUGGUGCCUCUCCCAUGGUUAUAGAUCAUAUAGUCAUGUUCCAUCUUCUUCUUCUUCUUACAUGUUUCCUCACUCACCCCAUUGCUUCGGUAGCUCAUCAACCAACUGCACCAACCGCUCGGAUUACCGUCGUAGGAGCGGUUUACUGUGAUACUUGUUCAAGCAACACAUUUUCCAGAAGCAGCUACUUUCUCCCAGGUGUGGAUGUUGUGAUACAAUGCAAGUUCAGAGGGAGCUCAACCAAAGCCUCAGAGGAUAUGAAUUUCUCAGUGAAUAAAACCACAAACAAGUAUGGGGUGUACAAGCUGGAAAUACCUUCAGUUGAUGGGGUAAACUGCUUAAGUGGUGUGUCAAUUAAGUCAAUGUGCCAAGCAAGUUUGAUAGGGAGCUCAUCCAAAAGUUGCAAUGUUCCUGGUUUAAGAACCACAGCAGAUGAGAUUUCUGUCAAGUCAAAACAAGAUAACAUCUGUAUUUACAGCAUGAAUGCUCUGAGUUACAGGCCACCAAAGAAGAAUCUUACCCUAUGUGGAAAUAGGAAGGAGGAGGAAUUGGCAAGUUCUUUCAAUUCCUCCAAGUUUUUUCUCCCAUACUUUCCACCAUUCUAUGGAAUCCCUUGGCCUCCUUUGCCUCAAUUCCCUUUUCCUCCUCUUCCUCAAUUCCCAUUCCCUCCUCUUCCACCUCUACCAUCUCUGCCCCCAUUUCCAUCUUUUCCAUUCCCUCCAUCUUUGCCAUUCCCAUUCCCAAGUCUCCCUCCUUUUCCAUCCCCAAAUCCUUUGGCCCCAAACACUCCACCUCCAUUUAAUUUAGGAGACCCAAGAACUUGGAUACCUUACAUCCCUUCUGUCUUUCCUCCACCUCCUCCCCCACCAGGAUUCAAUCUCAGAGACCCCAGAACCUGGAUACCAUAUAUUCCUCCAUCCCCUCCUAACAGGCCUCAAAACCACAACCCAUAG